UGAGGGGAUGUUUUUUGUUCUUCUAAAUUUCUGGAAUUGUGAGCCGGAACACGACCAGAGGACUGGUGAAAUUUGAUUGCUGCAUAAAUUUUGAUUGCCAUAUAAUCUUGCUCGUGACCACCACAGGUCGAAAUUUUUUUUUGUGUACCAGGGACGACGGACGACACCACGACGAGGGGAAUAGGACUACAGCUUAUUAUAAUUACAGAAUAAGAUGAUCGGCCUUCGCGAGAAGGAGAAAACCGUGCUGGUGAUAAAGCCGGCGGCGCUGCAGGUGGUCACCCAGGGCGAGAUAUCAAAUGCAAAAAUGUCUGGGUCUGGAAGACUGCGAGAUUUGUAAUGCUUGUCUGGAAUGACCAAAAAGUUUGUGAUGCGUGUCCAAGAAGAGACCCUUUUGCCUGCCGUGCAAAAACGCAGCUUGUCAUGCGAAAAACGCAACACAAAGAAGCGCAGAUAUAAUUUCUCAUGCUUGGCUGUGCAUUACAGAGCAUUCACUAUUCCCAUCGCAGCAUCACAAGUUUCCAGACCCAGACAUUUUUGCAUUCGAUACGAGAAGCCAGCGUCGGUUGCGGCUAUUGAGACGAUCUUGAAAGACAACGACUUUGAUUAUGGAAGCGUCAGGAUCGAAAUCGUCAAAGUUGAAAUGAUUUGUCAUGCAUAAAAUGGAUGCCAUUUGUAACCCAGUUUCCAAGGGGCGCAUGACAAAUCUGGGUAGAUCCGAAAUCCAGUUUGUCAUGCUGUUUGGGUAAGGAAGACGCCUUUUGUCAUGCUACCUCAGCAGCGCUAUUUCUAUCCCUCAACAGGCUUACAAUCUGCCUUCCUUGCCGACUCUGCAUGGCAUGCAUUUUGUGGGUUGCAUUUUAUGCAUCACAAACUAUUUCAACUCUGACGAUUUCAAUCCUGACACAUCCAUAUUGAUGUGAAAAUCAGGAAAUCGGUCUGCCUCACUGGCGUGGAGGGCAAGCCGUACGACUGCGAGGAAGGCGGUAUGGCGUUCUCAAACGUUACACUCUCAACUGUUACAUGGAUUUGUAACGCAAGAACUACAGCAACGCCAACAGUAAAAGUGGCAAUAUUGCAGCUUUCGCAUCACAGAUUUUCCACAGAUUAUUAUGCUGUUUAUCCCUUCGAAAAUUUGUCAUGCUAAGCACCUUGAUCAAGUGGAGGCUGAUGGCAACUUUGCAUGUCAAAUCCGUGUAACAGUUGAGAAUGUAACAGUUGAGAAUGCCAUAGGCGGAUUAGUGGACGUUUGCCUGCUCGAGCACUUGGACAAUGACACCGUCGCGAAGGUGCUGGCCUGCGAAGCGUUGAAGGCACACCCGGUGUACUGCAGCAAGACGAAAUGGGACGUACUUUGUUUUUCAACUAAGUUUCUCGUGAAUUAUAUGCAGAAAGUUUCAACGUGUCUUGUUGCUACCUAAGUCUUGCUCUUGUAUCAUGGAUUCAUUUCUUGUUUCUCCUCUCGUUCUUUUCCUAGGCUUCUUGGAACAGGGUCGAGAAAAUGAUAAAUUCGUUCCAAAUAUUAAACCUAUCACAGGCCCUCCGCGACGCGGAAUUUUUCUUCCCGUGCCUCGAGGGCCAGAGCGUCGAGCGAACGCUGGCGGUGAUCAAGCCAAAGGUCGGCCAGGAUGUGCACAGCUACGUGGUGAACUCUUUGUUGCAAUCGGGGUUGUUGAUCGUGGCCCAGAAAACCUGCACGUUCACGAAGGAGCAGGCGGAGGAAAUGUAAGAAUUUCUACUUGCAUUACAUUGAUUCACUGCAUGAGCAUCUUGACAAUAUUAGAUGCAUCACUAAAUCGAUCUUGAUGCAUCGUGCUGUGCACAAUGAGGAAAAACCAACUCCGACAGGUACCACGACCGACCGAACAAGGACGAAUUAGUUACUUACCUCACCUCGGGACCCUCCCUGUGCUGCGUCCUCGAGGGGCCGGGUGCGGUCGACUAUGAAUUACAAAAGUAUCGUACUCGUAUAAAUGCACUACAAAUUUCCUCAGCAUGAGAAAUAAAAUUUGUAAUUGCUGAUUUACCUGAAGGAAAAAACUUUCUUGCAAUGCAUGAUUGCAAUUGCUACGAGUACGAUACUUUUGCACAGGAUAGCGACAGGUGUCGCCUGAUGUGCGGCCCGUCCAGGAAGGCGGAGUACGCAAAUACAGCAACGAUUCGGGGAAACUUUGGCACAGACGACGUCAAGAACGUGAUUCACUGCGCAACGUCGGUUUCGAACGCCAAGAAGGAGAUUAGUUUGGUCUUCCCGACUGGAUUGCUGAGCGGGAUGGAGAGGACACUGUGUUUGGUAAAGCCCGAAGCAGUCCCGGAACUGCAGGCGAUUAAGAACAGGUAUAGAAGAUAGAACGUUCAUCGUCGUGGGGGGUUUUAGUUUUUCGAUGCUGGAACAAGUUUAGUAAAACGCAUCCAUGAAGUUGAAGAUUCGAUUCAUAUUUCAUCUUUUGUGAUGUACAUCUACAUUCCAUUGAAUCCUUAUCCUCCAGCAGUUGAUUCCUUUAUUUUCAACAGCCUGAAAGCCGCCGGCUUCCAGAUUACGAAGGAGCAAUCCCUUGUGAUGACGGACGUCCGCGCAGAGCAGUUCCUGAAGCAAAAUUCCAGCCUGAGCUCAUCAAGACUCAAGGCCAACAUCCGUCACUUAACCUCGGGAACCUUAGUCGCCUUGGUCCUGACACGUGUCGGCGCUGUGGGAGUCUUGAAGCAAGUGCUCGGUAAACAAUUUGUAUUGCAUGUCGUGAUGUCAAAACAAUUUGUAUUGCAUGGUUUGGUCGUACAACAGCAAGUAAGAGGAGAGGCGCACUGUUGUAAGUAGAUGUUGUUGUAGUCGCGGAGGUAGUUCAUCUUCACGUAGUUCACCUACUGUUACUGUAAACAAAAAUCAACCCCAAAAAUAUUAAAGGCCCGGAAAUCCCGAAGGAGGCCGCGGCCCUGUCCUCCAAGCUUCUCCGGGCCAAGUACGGCCGGGAUGCGCUCUACUGAGAGGAAAAAUCCCCCCUCCCCAUACUGAAAGAGUACGCUGCUAAAAAUUUGUGAUGCUGAUUUGUGACCACAAAUGCUGUCUCUCUUGCAAGAGGGCAAGUCCAAAGAGUGCGCCGCUUUAUGGAGGUGGUUUGUAAUGUUGUUGCGCCCAUACGGCAGGCCUCUGCCAUGCUAAGCUCCUACACCAAAACACCCCUACGCAGGAUGAAGCUGUGCCUGCAGUACCUCACUGCAAGACAGAGCUAAUUUGUGUACACAAAUCCAGCAACAGAAAUUCCCUUGUCAAUAUGGGGAGGAGGGAUUUUUCGUUUUGAUGCGCUGCGAAACGCGUUCUACGCCUCGGAUACCACGAAAAUUGCCGCGGUGGACGUGGUAUGAAUUGCAAAAGCCUCGUACGUAGUAGUAAUUGCAUUUUUACAAAUUAGAAUUACCUCAGCAUGACAAAUGGAAUUUGUCAUGCUGUUUUACCUUGCUGGCAUGGAGAUUUGUAAUGCAUAAUUGCAAUUACUACGAGUACGAGUGCGAUGCUUUUGCACUGCAUACGUGGGCUUUCUCUUCCCGGACUUGGGUGUCUUUGGCAUCCCGUCGGAAUCCAAGGUGACCGACUACUUUUACAGAAAAACCGCCCUGGCGCAGAUGACCCUGCCGGAGGUCGGAAACAGCGUAUAUCAACUGCAAAUAUGUAGUCUGGGUCUGGAAGGUUGUAACUUGUGAUGCUGCCUGUGGAUUCUACAAAAAUCUGUAAUAUUGCAUGAGUAGCAACAGGAGUCCAGUUUUUGCUACGCGGACCACGGGGAAUUUCUCAUACGGUAUAGGCAUGAGGAAGCCCUCGCAAUAAAAUCUGUGAUGCUAGAGCAUACAUCACAGACAUGAUGGGUCUUCCAAAAUCUGCAUGCCAAACUCCUAUACUCAUCCAGACCCAGACACUUUUGCAUCUGAUAGCGUAUUGUUAGACACCACCCUGCAGCAAUUCCUGUCAGAAGGGCUCCUGGAGUUGACGCGGUACUUUUUUUUUCGCUUUUCAUGUAGUUCUAGUUCUCGCAAAUCAGUGCGGGACAGUGGAGCAUUUAUUAUUUUGCCGUAACUAUUGUUCUCACAUCACGGGGUAUGAAGGUGGUCAUGCGAAGAUAGAGAUACACACCGAGCUGAAAUAGUUUUCAUGUCACCCUCAAAACACAUACAGAAUGCGCCACAGUUAUCCAAGAAAAAAAAAAUUGUAGUUGUAACUUUUUUGGAGGAACAGCAUUACAAAUUUGUCUAGCAUGACAGCAAAAACCUGUCAUGCGCAGCUAGUACGCGAAAACGCCCUCUAAUGGACCCUACGAUGCAUGCCCAGCAUGACAGGCGCAAUCAAUUUGCAUGUUGUGCAUCACAAAUUUACACCAACAACGUUUUUUUCUUGGAUAACAGUGGUGCGGACGCUAUUACGUUCCUGGCCAAAUACCUCAAGGACAACAACCCAAAUCGGCCAAAAGAGAUCAAUAUGAACUGCGAAAGCAUCGUAGAUCGUACUCGUAUAAAUGCAUGACAAAUUUUCUCAGCAUGAGAAAUGAAAUUUGUCAUGCUGAUUUACCUUACGAAAAAUAUUUGCAAUGCAAGACCUGCAUUUAUACGAGUGCGGUACUUUUGCACAGCAUAAUCAAGCAGGAGGUGGUCUACGCGUCGGGCGAAGAAACCAAGAUGGAAUACGUGACGGUCGGCGCCUAUGGGAGUGUCAGGAUUGAAACCGUCAGAGUUGAAAUAGUUUGUCAUGCAAAAAAGCGAUACCAGGUGGUGCCUAGUUUUUAAGUGGCGCAUGACAAACUUGGGUAAAACCGAAAUCCAGUUUGUGAUGCUGUUCGGGUAAGGAAGACGCCUUUUUUCAUGCUACUUUAGCAGCUGUAUUUCUACCCCUCAACAGGCUUACAACCUGCCUCCCUUGCCUGCUCUGCAAGACAGGCAUUUUGUGGGUUGCAUUUUAUGCAUCACAAACUAUUUCACUUUCAACCUUGACGAUUUCAAUCCUGACGCUCCCAUAGCGCCGGCGAGACACUGGAGGGCGAGACCUUCAGUGUGGAACUACCACAGAAGCCAAAAUACGACGUUUUGGAAAUCGACACGAGGGACGAGGAGGUCGCUAGCAAGAAGGUACAAAUUUGAAAGUGAAAUAAAGGUAGAGUUAGAAAGCAGUCAGCAUGACACCGACCUUGCAUUUGUAUUCGAUGUCUUUCUUUGCAUGGCAAGAUGAAAAUCUAGCAAAAUGAUGAAAUUGAAACCCAGGUUUCCGGCGCCGAAUUCGACCACACACCUCUCGUCGUCUUCGUUUGCGGCGGUCCCGGCAGUGGUAAGGGCACGAACUGCGCCCGACUCGCAGAGGACUUCAACUAUUGUCACUUGUCCGCUGGGGAUCUGCUGCGCGCGGAGGUUUAUGGAUUGCAAAAGUGUCUGCGUCUGGAAGAAUGCAGGACUUGUCAUGCUUUUCUGGCAUGACUCUUGGAUCUGUGAUGCGUAAGCAGGAACGGGGCCUCCUGCCUGUCAUGCAAAAACGCAGUUUGCCAUGCAGAAAACGAAGCACAUGGCACGUGCAAAAACUUGUCAUGCUUGGCUGCACACUGUAGUGCGCCCACGAUUCACAGAGUUGCAGCACAAGUUUCCAGACCCAGACAUUUUUGCAAUCCAUAAGGUUGCUGCGAAGACGAAACGCGGGAUGGAGCUGGAGACGAUCAUGUUCUAUGCAUUGCAAAAGUAUCCGAUACUUGUAAAAAUGCAUUACAAAUUUCCUCAGCAUGAGAAAUAAAAUUUGUCAUGCGGAUUUACCUUGGGAAAAAAAAUUGUAAUGCAUGACUGCACUUACGACGAGUGCGAUACUUUUGCACAGCAUAUGUUGGAGGGAAAACUGGUCCCCGAUGAGAUCACGAUUGAAUUGAUGAAGAACGCGAUGCUGGCGAACCAGACGAAGAACGGAUUUUUGGUGGACGGAUUUCCGCGGUCCGUCGAACAGGCGAUCAAAUUUGAGAAGGACGUCGCCGAGUGCCAGAUGGUGUUGAACUUCGAGUGCAGUGACAGCGUUAUGACGGAACGGAUCAUGGAGCGGGGGAAGACCUCCGGUCGGGUGGACGACAACGAGGAAGCCAUCAAGAAGCGACUGGAUACGUUCUACUCGCAAACGAAACCGGUGGUUGAUUACUACAAGCACAUGGGGAGACUCCGCUCCGUCAACGCGGACGGCGACAUCGACAGCGUCUACGCAGCGGCGAAGAAGAUCUUCCUGAGCAAGUUCGUCUACCUGGUCGGAACGUGCGGCAUGCGCAUUCCGGAGUCGCUGGAAGCGAUGGCGGACUCGCACUAUGCACACAUCGACGCGUCCGCAAUUUACGAAAAGUUCGUGCGGGAAGCACCACCAGGAAAGGCACUGGAGGUCGAGCAGGUAUAUUUUUUUGGCUCUCUUGUGUGAUUGUGUUAUGCGUGACAGAGAACUGUGGCAAAAACAAAAUGAAAACCGCUGACGCUCGGAGGUCCUAUCAUUGUAUCCUCGCAUGAUAAGAGCAAAUUCGUGGAUUCGCAAAACUUAUGAACAAUCAAGGUAAAAGCCGCGCUCGCCGACCGCAAAUUGGACCUUGCACCAUCACUUUCCUGCCCCCUGAUCGUUUCCGCCGUGAAGGAGAAACAGCUGAAGGGCUACACGGCAUUUCUCUUCACCGACUUCCCAAGGACGGAAAAGCAGCGGGCAUUCUUGGAGGACAGAAUCCUCUGCGAGUCUUGCGCCAUUGUCCUCGAAUACCCGAUAUCCUGUGCAAAAGUAUCUGAUACUCGUAUUGCAUUACAAAUUUUUUUCUUGAGGUAAAUCAGCAUUACAAAUUGAAUUUCUCAUGCUGAGGGAAUUUGGAAUGCAUUUAUACGAGUACGAAUCCGAUGCUUUUGCAUUGCAUAACCGAGAUUAGAUUCCAUCGAGCUGGGCAUUUCCGCCGGGUUGACGCAGGUCCAGGCGGAGAAUGACGACGCGGUGGUGAACGGGGAGGAGACGGUCGGGAUGUUGGCCGCGGUCGGGGACGUGACGAAGAUCCCCUGCGAACUCCCAAGAGUCGCGAAGGCGGAUCUGGUCCGACAGUUGAAGCUGCAAACCACAAAGGUCAUCAAGAAGGCGCUCCGACCGAAGAUGACCAUCUGUCUCGGACCCCCGGGCUGCCAUAUGGCGUUCUCAAACGUUACAUUCUCAAUUGUUACCUGACUUGUCAUGCAAAAUUACCAUGAGCCACGCACCAGGCGAUCAAGCUACGUCGCAUGACAAACUCUCGAAGAGCUAAACAGCGCCGAAAUCUGUGCCAAAUUUGUGAUGCGAGAGUUGCAAGCUUGUCCCUUUCACUGUUGCGGUUCUUGCAUCACAAAUCCAUGUUACAGUUGAGAAUGUAAUAGUUGAGAACGCCAUAUGCCACCAGAGGAGCUUCUGCGCGGAGUGGGCGGGCAGAGUCAGCGGUGCAACGCCGGUCGACGUCGACGAGAUGCUGGAUAAGGAGCUGGAAAGGGAAACGGAAACCGGCGUCGUGAUGCACAACAUGUUGAGCAAAGGUAUAAUUGAUUCUGUCGUGUUAAUUAAUCCAAAAUUUUUUUUUUUUCAACGUACUGCAUCAACGUCUGGAUCUGGUUUGCAGCACAGAGUGGAAGUAGGAGGUCGUUCUGCAUUGAUUCAAUCCGCUGGCACAUCACCAGCACGAUCCUAUGACGCAUAAACAACUACAACUACAGGCCAAGUGAUCCCCCUCUCUAUCACCUUCCGUCUGCUCUCCAACCUGGCCCGGUUCGGCUGCAACAGGCUGGUGGUUGAGAACUUUCCGACAAACGCAGACGAAAUCAAGUAUCUCACCGAGGAAUUCGCGGUGGAAGAGGUGUUUUCCCUUAUGCCGGAGGGCGAGGACGCAAACGCCUACUGGUGCCAGAUGUUCCUGGAAAAGAAGCAAUCCGAGGGCAGCCACGCGCUCAUGGAUUACGAGAUCAUGUUCUCGGAUAGGAUGGAAAAUUUAACCGCGGUGCACAACGAAUUCAGCGCGUCCGGGGACGUGCAACUCUACCCCUUAAGCAUCACCAAGGAGACAACAGCGGAGCAAGUUAUGGACUUGGCGCUCGCGGCCCUGAAGUACUGAUAAAAGAUUUUUUUUUGUGAACUACAACAUCCUCUACGUGCUAAGUAUGCUUCCUUGUUAUCCUUGCUUUCAAUUGCUCAGUAUGAGAGUAAUCAGUACGUACUUAGCUGCAGCGUGAAAUAUUUAAAUCCACAAAAUUCAAAUUACAAAACUCUCAGGGCAAAGUACAUUCUUUUGACCGGUGUCCCGGCCUCCGGGGUCUCCACCGUCGGCGAGGAGUUGGCAAAGAAGUACGGCACGGUAGUCCGGUGCUCCCCCGCCACACUGAACAUCCCGACCACCGGAGGCGAGGGCGCGCUUUCCGGUGCGGAUUUGUGUACGGCACUGUCUUCCUUUUUCCACGCGAACGCGAAGGCGGGAGUCACGUUCGCGCUCGAGGGCUUCCCCAUGAACAGCGAGCAGGCUUUGGCCAUGAUCGAGAACUUCGGACCACCAAUAUGGAUUGCAAAUAUGUCUGGGGCUGGAAAAGUCGGGGCUUGUCAUGCACAUUCUGCAUGACCCGUGAGGUCUGUGAUGCUGGUGCUAGCAUCACAGAUUUUUUGAGAGCUUCUUGAUGCUCAUUGCGCAUGAGAACAAAUGCCCUCUCUGUGUGCCAAGAGCUGACUCCUCUUGCUGCUCAUGCAACACAGACAUUUUUAGAAUCCGCAGACAGCAUUAUACGUUCCACUCUUCCACCCCCAGACAUAUUUGCAAUCCACAACCAAAGGCCGCGUACUACUUCAAGGGAACGAAGGACGGUAUUCUACAUUGCUUCGGGCUUUCGUGUUUUAUGCAUCACAAAUUUCUUGCCGUUCCAGCACCUGCGGAGGCUUGCCUCCAAAGCUACGCUGGACAAUGGUAAUGUCGGUGCGGUUGUUUUAGCAUCACAAAUUUCUUUGUUUCCCCCGACUCUAAAUACGACCUCAAGAAGUAGAUAUAUCGAAAUUGUAAAUGCAGAAUUGAAUUAGACAGUGACAGCAAAUCAAAUCUGCCAUGCAUGACUGCAAAACAGUUAUCUUCGCCCGUGCCGAGGCUGCCAACGCGGCUCUCGAGGAGCCAGCGGCUUUGGACGCCGAGACCUUCGGUGCUGACUUCGAGGCACAGGAGCCGUUGCUGGAUGGGAUAGUGGAUUGCUUGAAGGAGCACAGCCUGUACACAACCCUGGACGCGGAUGUGGAACCCGCAACGCAUGUGGCAACCUGCGCCACGACGUUGGCCAAACAGUGCGUCUUGGUGCUGGCUCCCAGUGGGAAGGGGUUGUCGCAAAUGGUCGGCACGGCGUUGGCGAACAAAAUUCCGGACGUAAAAUUGGUGGACGUCGCAGCUCUGGUAUAAUUUGGCUAUGUAUCUGAAUAGGUGGAAUAUUACGGCGAUUUUGUAAAUGCGUUUUCCUAAAAAUAAAGUUCUCUUGCAUACACUUUUAUCUGCAUAUGCAUUCGUAUUUGGAUUCACUUCAUCAUACAUGAGGGCCAAUUUUCUCAAAUCUGAAAAAUAAGAAUAACCACAGAUCUCCUCCGCCUCUUCCGUCCUCUCUACCGAUUCCCUCGCAACUUUUGCCGCGGAACUGCACCGUGUCCAGACCGGCAUGUCCGUCCCCUCCGCCGCGCUCGUCGCGGAGCUGCUUUCCGCCUGUGCCACCAAGAACAGCCACUGCAGCUGUUUUAUCCUCACCAACUACUUCGCCAGCUACAUAUGCAUUGCAAAAGUAUCGUACUAGUAGAAAUCGCAUGAGAAAUAUCCUCAGCAUGAGAAACGAAAUUUCUGAUGCUGAUUUACCUUGGGAAUCAGAUUUGUAUAUGCAAAACUGCGAUUAAUACUAAAGCUAAACUACGAGUACGAGACUUUUGCACAGCAUACUAGACCGCCGGCUCCUAUCCCACGGUUCGGGAUUUGGUGGACACGCUGUCCGAGGCACUGUCCCUGUCCAAGGUGGUCUACUGCAAGUUCGCGAACCCGGACGGGACGCCAAUGGCGGAGGCCCUCUCGCGGCUGUCGGAGCCGGAAGACCUGUCCGGGGCGGCGGAGGCCAUGGAAUUUUUGAAAACCGUGGUGCCCGCGGAGAAAGUGGUAGAAUUUACUCCCGACAUGAGCGUGGACUUCGAGCCCUAUCACUUCGCCAACCGGGUUGGCAGGACCGUCGCGGAGGCGUGAGUAGAGCUGCACGUGGUAAAGAAAACCAAACUAGUAGUACUUGGUUGAAAAGAACGCAAAAAUCUUCGCAAAGAGUACAACUUGUACGGAACACUUAAUAUCAGAAAGUAGAAUCAGUAUUCAAGAAUUAUAGCAAAAGCAGAGUAUGAAUCAAAAUUAUCCUGAACAGACGCAGACAGAAACAGAAAGUGUUUAUGAAUCAGAAACAGAAUUUGUGGUGGAUUCCUAGCUAGUAGUUAUCAUGUAACAGGAGCGAGUUGCCCUGACGGACGCUCUUAGAAUUCGAAAAUGAAAAGUACGCACAGCAACAGCAGCUUGAGACGAACCGCUGAUUUUCUAUGUUUCAAUGGCGCUGCAAGUAGGAUGUCCUCACAGUGCUCCGAAUGUACGUUAUUUGCACGACGACCUUAUGAGAAUUUAGUCGGACAUCAAUUCAGACAUACUGGACAGAUUGAAUCAGACGAGUUUCAUCGCUAUAGCGUGACAGCAACAGUACAGACACAGACAAAACCUUAUCAUCGUGAAGAGACGAGCAGACAAAUAAACCUUAACAUCAGAGCAACAAUCAGUUUUACAACCAGACAGUAAUCAGACCAAACAGACCUAUAAUAGAACACUACUUUUAGCUUUAUACUAAACUUCAAACUCAGACAGAAUCUAUGAUACCUUUAGCCUCAAAUCUAACGAUAACAGUAUAAAACUCAGACAAUGUGGUUCACUACCUGCGCCGCGUAGUAGAGCAGGUACUACAACUCUUGCGUGGCUGCAGAGUAGUCGAUACUUCUCAGAUGCAAUUCACAGUUUCAGACCUAGUAUUCAAAGUCCACGGUUGUGGGCGGUUGCGUGGAUAAAAACUGCAGCACAGGAUGUAUUGUGGUGUGAAACAGACGAAUAGAGUAAAGUUUUCAAAAUAAAGCAGAUAUAGUAAACAACUGGCAGUGCAAGCUGGUCAGCGCUUGUCCUCCGUCCAGCGCCACCGGGAGUUGUGCGUGAGCGGAACAUCAAAUAAGGCUCGCACUUCCUCUCAGUGAAUUUCGCAAAAUCUGUUCGCAGUCG